AUGCCUCGUGUUUCUUUUUCAAGUGAUUAUCUUCUUGGAGAUUCAUCGAGUACAUUAGAUUGUUUUAAUCGUUAUUAUCAAAGACCAUCUUUGAUUACAGAAGUAACUACUUAUGAACAAUCAUCAACAUUAUCACCAAAUGAAAUUGAUGAAAUUCUUUCACGUAAAUUAUAUGAUCAAUUAAAAACAACAUCAGAAUUAGAGAAAGAACAAAAUUUGAAAAAAAAAUCUGAAUCAUUUGCUAGUCCAUUAUUAAGACCUUUACUUAAUCCAUUGCCAACAGGUGUUAUUGAUUCGGAAUUGAUUAUAUUGAUUGAUCAAUUUUUUAAUUUAACAUAUUUAAAUACUAUUCCGAUGGUUAAUCUAUUAUCUACAGCCGUAGCAACAAAUUUUCUUAAAGAAAAUAUUCGAGAACUAGACAACAAACUUCAAGAACAACAAGAAACACCAAUAUCUCUUAAUAUAAAACGAGGAGCUUCAUUACUUUGUGAACCUGAAAACGAUCAUGAUGAUGACGAUGAUAAUCUUUCAUGGGCAUCAGCACCAACUUAA